AUAUCGACGAGUUUAAUGAGACAGACAUAAGGCAUUGGGUAACGUAGAGAUGAGAAUAAGGCCAUGAUAUAAGAGGGCUCUCAACGGGUAUAAAAGUGGACCAUCGGCAGUAGUUCAGCAUCAUCGUUCAGGAUCUUCACUGCACAAUGUACGGACUCAUCUUCGCUCUGCUCGUGGGCACCGCUGCGGCGGCCCCAUACAUGUAUGAGGACCACAUCGUGGGUGGCUCCGAGUGCGCUGCCCACUCGCAGCCGUGGCAGGUGUCCCUCAACAUCGGAUACCACUUCUGCGGAGGCUCCCUGAUCUCCAGCGAGUGGGUUGUGUCUGCCGCUCACUGCUACAUGCCAUCCACUUCCUCCACCCCCAGCGCGUCCAGCAUCUCUGUGCGCAUCGGCGAGCACAACAUCUUCGUGUCCGAGGGCACCGAGCAGUGGAUCCAGGCUUCCAAGGCGAUCCCCCACCCCCAGUACCUCUCGGCCACCACAGACAACGACAUCAUGCUCAUCAAGCUGUCCUCACCCGCCACCCUCAACCAGUACGCGCAGGCCGUCCCGCUGCCCUCCUCCUGCGUCGGCACCGGAGUCAUGUGCACCAUCUCCGGCUGGGGCGAGACCGAGAUCAGCAUCGGUGAGGACACGGCGCUUAGACGUCCGACUACCCUGGAAAAGCCAUUUAAGGAAGACUUUUUAAAUAUUUUACAAUGUCGGUUUCAUGGUUGCUCUGUUUACUUCUGCCGCCCCUUCUGCUCAUGCGUUUCUCCGUCCUCACGUUACCCCAAUAUGUUUCCCCAGUGCACCAAUGCCUCACCACUGCCAACCGCGUGUCUCCAUACAGGCCGCUCCGAUGUCCUCAUGUGCAUCCAAGCGCCCGUGCUGAGUGAUACCUCCUGCAGGAACUCCUACCCCGGUGACAUCACCAACAACAUGAUCUGCCUGGGAUACCUGGAGGGUGGCAAGGACUCCUGCCAGAAUGACUCCGGCGGCCCCGUCGUGUGCAAUGGCCAGCUGCAGGGCAUCGUGUCGUGGGGUCGCGGCUGUGCCCUGCCCAACUACCCCGGCGUGUACACCAAGGUGUGCAACUACAACUCCUGGAUCGCCAGCACCAUGGCUGCCAACUGAGCGACUCACUCGGAAGCCACUUUGCCGAACAACAAGC